AAAGCUGCAGCCGGCUCUAGUGAAAUGGAAGUGCAGAGAGCCGGCUCUGGAAGCUGCAGCCGGCUCUACAGGCAAAAAUUUGAAGACCGUUGUUUGGCACACACAGAGAAAAGACACAAAGCCGACUUCAACUUUGCAGCCAGCUAUGAGGGUGCAUUUAAUGCACAACGGUCGACUCUUUUGAAUGUAUUUAAAAUCGAAAUUCCAAAGCCAGCUCAAAGUCUUGCAGCCGGCUCUCGAGGAAAACAGAAUGGCCUGCAAACCUGGAUAGCCAGCUCUGGAAGUGUAAGCCGGUUCUACAGAGCCGGGUCUAGAAAGCUAAGCCGGCUCUCUUGACAAACCUGCAGCUCGAGCUUUGCGUCCUAAAAAGCAUUUAAUGACCCCCAACAGCUAGAAACGGCUAUUUUCGAGCAAGGGGCUAUAAAUAUGGAUCUGAAGAGGUUUAAAGAGUAUUGUAUUGAGUAUCUUUUCCUACUUACUUGAGCUUUAACUUGAGUUUUUGAUCUUUGAGAGAUCUUUGUUUGUAAUCCUCUUCUUGUGCUAUUAGUGAGUGAUCUUGGGGGUGUGUUGAUUCCUUCAAGAGUGAUCUGUAGAGAGGAUCUUUGGGGUUUAAGUGUAAAGGGGUGAGAUUUGAGAGAAACCCUUCUUCUUGUAAAGGAUUGAGUGGCUCAUUUAAGCCACCAUUGUUUUUGUUAGUGGACAGUGUGGAGGAAAUCCUUGGUGAAUGAAGCCAAGGUAGAGGAUUAGGCUCCAAGUGGUUGGACCGAACCUCUAUAAAAUUAUUGUCCAAGC